AAAACUCAUGUUGAUAAAGACGUUCCACGCCCUAACCCCUUGAUCAUAUCCGUCCAGUGUUGCUUCUAUCGGGGUGAGCCAUCAGAAUUUGGACGAUCAGCAGAUUGUCUGAUCGUAGGGCGUUGCUCGUGACCUCUUUAACGGUGGAUCGCCGCACACCACCGUGAGCAUGCGUCCCUCGCGGCCCUGCGGCCACGUGCCGACCCUCAUGCGUGCGUUGGCCAGGGCGUACCAGAGCCACUCGCCGCUUCCCGCGUCGGCGUCCGCGUUCGAACGCCUCGUGCCAGCCCUCUCCGGUUCCGCUCCUUGCCAUCCACCCUCUCACCCGCUCGCUUCCCAUUCGCUCGCCCCGCUCGCCUCUCGCCCGCUCGGCCCGCUCGGCCCGCUCGUCCCCCUUUCUUUCGCUUCUUACUCGCCUGCCCCCACUCCUCUCCCGCUGCCCGCCGUUAUCCGCCACCCCCCUGCCCGCCACCUCUCCACCGAGGGGCUUGCGGGCGGCAGCACGCCCAGCGAGCAGACAGGGGGUGCAGAGGCAGCUGGGGCUGGGGGAGAGGAGCGAGGGGCGCAGGGUGCGGGGCAGGAGGGGGAGGGCGGAGGUGGGGGCGAGGGGAGUGCGGCGGAGGAGGAGUGGCGGCGUGCGGCGGAGGAGGCGCGGGAGCGGCUGCUGCUGGCGUACGCGGACAUGGAGAACCUCCGCCAGCGCGCCAAGCGGGACGUCGACGCAGCCAGGCUCUUCGCCGUGCAGGGGUUCGCCAAGGGUCUGGCGGACGUGGCGGACAAUCUCUCCCGGGCGGCUGCUUCUGUGUCGCUGCCACCGCGCUCCGUCUCCCCUGCUGCCGCUCAAGAGGAGGGCAGUGGUGGGGCGGGCAGUGGGGGGCGCGACCCAGAGGCGCUGCUCAAGGCGCUGCUGGAUGGCGUCGUGAUGACAGAGAAGCAGCUGCUGCAGGUGUUCCAGCAGCAUGGCAUGGAGCGCCACGACCCCCUGGGGCACGCAUUUGACCCCAACCUCCACAACGCCGUCUUUGAACUCGACGACCCCUCCAAGGAACCCGGCACCAUUGCCCACGUGCUCAAGGUGGGCUACACCCUUCACGGCCGCGUGGUGCGCCCAGCUGACGUGGGGGUGGUCAAGCGCAGUCAACCCUAGUCCGUGCCCACGUGGGGGCGGUCAGUCAAGCGGAGUCAAACGCAUCUGCGUCUGCUGCGCAAGGGCGUGUUAGGCAUAGGAAUUGAGUCAGAAGAAAGAUAACCAGGUGGAUUGCGCGGUAGGAGCCAAGUUGUUUGUGGUAGAUUCGAAGAGGCUAUUCAUCCGCGCAGCCAUUCUCGGGACAGCUGAGAGCGGGUUAGAAGUAGCCGGCGUCCAGUAUUUUUAUUAGACGCCGGCUGUUUUCUAGAGGCUAAGAGUUACCUACGUCGGCUUGAGCCCGCUCGAACACCUACAUCCGAACUGAGUCCUACAAUGCCAUGGACCCUCUCGUCCGCACUGCAAGCCAGUGCGCUAUAGCUUAUCAUUCUCAACCGAUCGCAAGCGCAGGACUCUGGCGUGGCCUGCUCCGUACAGGCGAGCCAACGCCGUCCACACCACAGUGCACACCUCACUCACUCCCCCCUCCUCCCCCACCCAACUUAUUCCACAUCGUCCUUGCCGCCUGAUCCCGCCUCUCACCUCCCCCGCCGGCCAUGUUGCCAUGCGCCGCGACCUCGUUGCGAUCGCGCGCUGCUCCUCCCUCCAUCUCCGCCCCCGCGUUUCUCGGCCUGCCCGCGUCUCACGCUCUCGCUCCUCCCUCGCUUCCAACGCCGCGCGUUUCGCUCGUCUCCGUCCCUUGGGCAGCGGCUCGCGUAAUCACACGGGCCUAGCGCCCACUCCACGCGUCACGCAGCGCCAGUAGACGCUUCAAGCAGCGCCACUAGACGCUUCAAGCAGGGCCAAUAGACGCUUCAAGCAGCGACACUAGACGCUUCAAGCAGCGCCCACUAGACGCGUCAAGCAGCGCCCACUAGACGCGUCAGCAGCGCCCACUAGUCGCGUCAAGCAGCGCCACUAGACGCGUCAAGCAGUGCCCACUAGACGAUUCAAGCAGCGCCCACUAGACGCGUGAGGUGUUGCGACGCGCGGCCGCCAUGCGGCCAUGCAACGCGCGGUGAGGUGUAGGUCGUCGGUUCCCUCGGGCAGCACCUCUAGGGCAGCACCACUGGGGCAGCACCACUAGGCAGCACCACUGGGGCAGCACCAGGGCAGCGCCACUAGGGCAGCACCAGGGCAGCGCCACUGGGGCAGCACCGAACCACCCCAACAUCUUGCCCGCGUGGGGCAGCGGUCAGUGAGCGACCGGCGGGUGAGCGAGUGGCGGCAGUGGUGAGCGGGGGCGUGGCGAUGACAACAAAGCGAACUCGACAGCUGGCAAUUGGCAUAUUGACAGGCUGUGUCAUCACCGCCAUUCUAUAUCUCUUCGUCGUGCUUCAGCAUCAUGUGUGGGAGGAGAAGAAGAAGCCAUCAGUUGACCUUGACACGCGCCUCAAGGCGAUUGA